CCGCCCCCAAUCUCGCGAGAGCUGAGAGGCGGAAAAUGGCGCUGAUGUGAGCGCAAGCUCGCAUUGCCCAGAGGGUGGCCGCUGCCUAAGCUGGAGCUGCUGGAGCCGCAGGAACAAGAGGCCGAGCUGUAUCGAAGAUGGAGGAGAAACCUUCAGGGCCCAGCCCGGACAUGCCGGCUACUGCAGAGCCCAGCUCCAGUGAGACCGACAAGGAGGUGUUGUCCCCGGCUGUGCCAGCUGCAGCCACCUCCUCCUCCAUGGCGGAGGAGCCAGGCCCUGAGCAGGCAACCACACCACUAGUGUGGGAACGUGGAGGGCCUGGAGGGACUCAGCAGGGCUCCUCCCCAGCCCCAGACAGCUGCCAGCCUGGGCCGGGACCCAGCCCGGGCCUGACGAGCAUAGUCUCCGGGACCAGCGAGGACCUGCGGCCUCCCAGACGACGCCCACCUUCAGGGAAGCAAAUCCCCUGCUCCAGCCCUGGCUGCUGCCUCAGUUUCCCCAGCAUUCGUGACCUGGCACAGCAUCUGCGAACCCACUGCCCGCCCACACAGUCCCUGGAAGGCAAGCUCUUCCGCUGCUCGGCCCUGAGCUGCACCGAGACCUUCCCCAGCAUGCAGGAGCUGGUGACUCACAGCAAACUGCAUUACAAGCCCAAUCGCUACUUCAAGUGUGAGAACUGCCUCCUGCGCUUCCGUACGCACCGCUCGCUCUUCAAGCACCUGCAUGUUUGCGCAGAGCAUGCGCAGAGUCCAGCCCCGCCGCCACCCCCGGCCUUGGACCGGGAGCCCCUCGCGCCCGAGCGGCCCCCAGAGGCCGACCCCGCGUCAGCGCCCGGCCUGCCGUUCCCGCUGCUCGAGCCUUUCACGACCCCUGCCCCUGCUCCCUCCGGCCCCUUCCUGCCCUACUUGAACCCUGCGCCCUUUGGCCUAAGUCCCCCGCGCCUGCGGCCCUUCCUGGCCGCCGCGCCCGGGCCGCCGGCUUCUAGCGCCGCCGUCUGGAAAAAGAGCCAAGGUGCUGGCAGCAGCCCUCGAAGACCCCAGGGCGGCUCCGACGCGCCCUCAGGGCACGCGGCCCCGAGCCGCAUCGUGUGGGAGCACACGCGCGGCCGCUACUCGUGCAUGCAGUGCGCCUUCUCCACGGCCUCGCGGCCCGCCAUGACCCUGCACCUGGAGGACCACCGCCCCGGCACCCCCGCGGCCGCCGCGCCCGGGCCGCCACGCCCCGACGCCCCGGCGGCAGAUCCGGCCCCGCUUGCACCCAGGGUGUCGCCGUUGCUGUCAGAGGGGGAGCUUCCAGUGUUCUCGCAACUCUGAAUCCCAACACUUUGGGGUUGGGCCAUGGGGUGUGGGUAGUUUUGUCGUUUGGAGGGGGCUACAAAGAAGGGGGUUAGGGGUGGACAAUAAAGAAGGCACCAUG